AUGGACCAGGUUCAACGAAGAAACUUUAGAGCAGACGAAAAGAAAAGAAAAGCGGACGAAAGUGAACGAGAGAAGGAAGUAUCCCAACAAACUGAUGAUGACUCUGAGCAAGAAGAAGUGGAAGUUCGUGUGACGCGAGGCAUGUACAAAAAAAUGAAGUUGGAGCUAGAAAACCGUCGUCGUGAGAUCAAAAUGCUGGCUCAACAACAAAAAAUAGAAUCGGAGCAGCCGAGUGAGAGAAAGCAGGACGUGCCGAGUAGUUCAGCAGUUAUUGGAAUUGAAAGAGAAAGACAUUCAAAUCAGGAGAGAGAACAAAACGAAGAUCUGCAUAAUACUUCAUUCACAAUUGAUGAACUAGAAGAUGUUGAUGCUUGUUUGUAUCAUGUAGUGGAAACCGUUUUAAGGCAGACACAUGUUGACCUUCCAACUGGAAAAGUAGAGUAUUCUCAUGAUCCACUGGAGGACCACAAGAAUUAUUUCAGAUUUGGUCCAAUCACAAAAGAAGAACAUGAUUUCAAUGAAUUGGCGAGAAAGGAGGAAGAGAUGGAUUUGGAUAUUAUAAUACUGCCGACUCCUCCUCGAAACACUUCACCACUGAAAAAUCAAGGAGAAGUUCUAAAAGUUAAGAAUGUAAAUGUAUCGAAUGUCGAACGAAGAUCGGACACUCUACCAGCCGAUGUGAGCUUGAGAAGCGAAAAGAAGAAAGUUCAACAACAUAAAGGAGAACCGAUUUCUGUCCGAUCAGUUCAUGUCAUUGAGAUUGAUGGCAAUUCCGAGAAUGAAAAUCAUACAAUUGAGAUGGAUAUGGAUAUUAUAAUACUGCCAACUCCACCUCCAAAAAUUGUACAGCAGGAAGUUAAAGCAGAAGUCCAACAAAUGGAAGUGCUGAAUCCAUUGAAUGAUAAACAUGAAAUGGACACUGUACCAGUAGAGAUGAGCCAAGCAGUCAAAGAAAAUAAAGUCCCAGAACGCGUCAGAGAACUUAUUCCUGAUCCUCCAGUUAGCAUAAUUAACUUUGAAAACAAGUUCGGAAAGGAAGUUCUGACAACAGCUGAUUUCUUGGGAGUAUCUCAUCCAAAUUGGUUCUCAGGGUCAACAAUCAAAUUUUGCGCUGCGGAGAUAAUGGAAAAUCUCCAAGAAGUUGACCGUGUUCUCAUGUUUGAUUUCAUCUUGGACAACAUCGGACGCACACUUUUUGUGAACUGCCAUCUUCCGUACACUCAACAAAUUCUAGAUGAACUUCAACAAAGAUGUGAGAUAACUUUGGGAGCGAGAAAGAAGUUGUGCAGGACUGAUAACUUCAAGAAGGACAUGUGGUGUUGUCCGUACUUCAACGAAUUCCACUUUAUGCUCAUUGUCGUGAGAAAUCCGUUUGGUGCUAUUCUUGAUGGAUCUGAAGAGAACAACUCUCAUUGCAUCGUUUUGUUUUUGGAUCCAAUGGGCGAUAUAAUUGAAUAUCGUGGUCAGCGUGUGCUCCGUAUGGUUAAAGUUUUCAUGAAGUGCUAUUUCCAAGCUCUCCAGAGAAGCAGAAAAUAUCCGGAAACCGCUGUUUUUGAUGAAAACAGAGUUCUUUUGAAGAGAGUCAAGAACCUCCCACUCCAAUCGAAUCUGAUUGAUUGCGGUCCAUCGGUGGUAUCUUAUUUAGAAACAAUUUUAGAUAAUCAACGUGGAUUGCUCAAAAGAAACGUUGAAGAGGAUCUCGACUGGAACACUUUGGAACUCAACGGGAACAAUUCAAUUGAUGUAUCUCGUAGCAAAGUACGCGCCAGGAUGCUGCGACGUGUUUCAAGUGAGACCCGCGACCGAUUGUCACGAAUGGAAGCCUGGAAAAAUGAGGAGUAUGUGUCAACUUACGACAAAGAUCCACUAUACAUGAAGGAGCCAAGCAGCCGUCGGUCGAGAAGUUCGGAGCUGAAGCAGAAAUCUAGAAAGCCAUACAAACGGAACAUCUCGGCCGAUUUCGUAACUAACAAGAAUCCAAGAGAACUCCAGAGGCAAAUAACGUUGAGAGCAGUAAGAAAUCUAGAUGAGCAGAAUAAUUUUUCCAACCUUCCCAUCGUCUCUGCCUACCAUUAA